AAACUUUGGCCUAAAAUCCUUGUCAAAAAAACAGAGCCAGUAGGUAGGGCUUCAGCAAAAUAGUAUUUGAUAAACAGCAACAUGGUUACCGUAGGGCUUCUGCUGGCGGCGGCUUUGACCUGAGACUUCUCUACUGCUUUACUGUUCUAUUAACAUUUGUUUGUGAUUUCAUUUGACUUGUGUUUGUGUUUUACACUGUACUGACUGUUAUACACCCUCUAUUCGGAAAUCGGACUUUCCUCCUGACUAAUUUUGUCUCCAAAAAAAAGAAGAAAGAAAAGAGAAAAAAAUUUCUUCAUUUCAAAAAAGAAAAACCGUAAUCCCAUAUCUCUCUAACCUGAAAAUAUGUCUGUAAUGCAACAACUCUCAUCUCCAAUCUCUUCAUCUUCUUCAGCUUUCCUUUCCCAUUCCAGCUUUAAUUCGAGAAGUAAAAAUGUUUCGGUUUCGGCAAAAAGAAUCGGUAUUUGUAAAUGUGUGGCAGUGCCUCAGGAGGCUCAGACUGCUUACACGACAAAGGUCUCUCGCAAUGCAAACAUGGCCAAACUUCAAGCGGGUUACCUUUUUCCAGAGAUUGCUAGGAGGAAGGCUGCACACUUGCUGAAGUACCCAGAUGCACAGGUGAUAAGCCUUGGAAUUGGUGACACUACUGAGCCUAUUCCGGAAGUUAUUACUUCUGCAAUGGCAAAGAGAGCACAUGAAUUGUCAACACUAGAGGGUUACAGUGGUUAUGGAGAUGAGCAGGGUGAAAAAGCUCUGAGAGCUGCAAUUUGUUCAACAUUUUAUAACGGUCUUACUGUAACACAAGAUGACAUAUUUGUCUCAGAUGGUGCAAAAUCUGAUAUUUCCCGCCUUCAGGUUCUUUUUGGGGCUAAUGUUACAAUGGCAGUGCAAGACCCAUCAUACCCGGCUUAUGUGGACUCAAGUGUUAUCAUAGGCCAGACUGGACAGUUUCAGAAGGAUGUCCAGAAGUUUCAGAGGAUUGAAUAUAUGAAGUGUACUCCAGAGAAUGGCUUCUUUCCUGAUUUAUCAACUGUUCCUCGAACAGAUAUCAUAUUUUUCUGUUCACCAAACAAUCCUACUGGUGCUGCUGCAACCAGGGAGCAACUGACCCAGCUGGUAAAGUUUGCUAAGCAAAAUGGGUCAAUCAUAGUCUAUGAUUCUGCCUAUGCCAUGUAUACGUCCGAGGACAACCCCCGCUCCAUCUAUGAAAUUCCUGGAGCCAAAGAGGUUGCAAUUGAGACAUCAUCAUUUAGCAAGUAUGCUGGUUUCACUGGAGUUCGUCUUGGUUGGACUGUAGUUCCAAAGAUACUGCUAUUUUCAGAUGGAUUUCCUGUAGCCAAGGACUUCAACCGUAUUGUCUGUACUAGCUUCAAUGGUGCAUCCAACAUUGCCCAAGCUGGUGGUCUGGCUUGCCUUUCACCAGAGGGCCUUAAGGCAAUGCGUGAUGUGGUCGGUUUCUACAAAGAAAAUACUAAUAUAAUAGUGGAGACAUUUGAUUCACUUGGUUUUAAAGUGUAUGGUGGGAAGAAUGCGCCAUAUGUGUGGGUUCACUUCCCUGGCAGAAAUUCAUGGGAUGUAUUCAGUGAGAUUCUGGAGAAAACUCAUGUUGUCACCACUCCAGGCAGUGGUUUUGGACCUGCUGGUGAUGGGUUCAUCAGGGUAAGUGCCUUUGGUCACAGGAAAAACGUUUUGGAGGCUUGUAAAAGAUUCAAGCAGCUAUACAAGUGAACCAUGGAUCCAACUUGUUCUGCUGCCUCUUCUUUGGAGCAGAAAAUGACACAUCUGCCUCCAGUUGCUUCGAUUUCUGCAAUUGUACGACAUUAGUGCAUUUCAUUAUUUGGAUUUGUAUUUUUAAAUUGUGAAAUCAUUUUGUCAGUUGUAGAAAUAGAGUUUACUUUUCAUUUGUUAUUUUAAAUUGAAAGCAGAUGUUGUAAUA